UUGCAUUAACACCAGUCUGUUCACUUAAUCAUCAUCAUCACCAUCAUCAUCAUCACCAUCAUCAUCACUCAUGUCAUCUCGUUCUCUCCUGCUGGUUCUGCUGGUUCUUGCCUGUCUUCAGUCCUUCAUGGCAGAUGGAGAGUGUAUGGCUCUACGUCCGACUGAGCGGGAUCUGGAAGCCAAUCAGGAGUCUAGUAAAAAUGUACGUCUACCAAGUCACUGCUGUUUCAAUUUCCAGAAAACUCCAGUCCCUGAAAAAUUCGUUAUAUCCUAUAAAAAAACUCUGGCUGACUGCACAAAACCUGGAGUCAUUCUUUACCUAACGAAAGACCGUCUUGUGUGUGUGAACCCCGCUGAAGUGUGGGUGCAGAACAUCAUGAAAAACAUCGCUCAGCAUCAGGAAGCAUCAGAGCGUCAGGCCAGGUCCAUGAUCACCAGGCGCUCUGAUUGCAUCAAGACCAUCAUCAUCAUCAUCACCUCCACAUCAGCAGUCAUGUUCUCUCGUUGUGUCCUGCUGGGUCUGCUGGUCCUCGCCUGUCUUCAGUGUUUCACGACGGCACAGAGUGCCAAUACACCAUCUUCGUGCUGUUUCAGAUUUCAGACUCAACCAGUCCCAAUAAGACACAUCGCAGCAUAUGCAGUAACAGAGCUUCAGUGUACAAAAUCUGGAAUCAUCUUUACUCUGAAGGACGGUCAACUGGUGUGUGCAGAUCCUGACAAAAUGUGGGUGAAGAACCUCAAGAAGAGAAUUGACGACCGCCUGUCUAAAAGCCAGUAGAAACCUACAGAGAGUGAUGAAUAAGAGACACAGUUAAUAAGACACGCAUUUACCUCUAUGAUUAUUUUGCCAAACGCUCCUUUAUAUAUCUAGCCAGAAAGCUUUUUUGUAUACGUUAUUUAAACACAACUUUUGCUUUAAUUUUUUAACUUAGCAAUUUAAUUUACUUUAAAACAUAUCUAAAAACAUUUUAAAUGUUUAUUUACUACUCAGUAUCUUUUAAUCUUUUAUAUUUUUUCCCUCCUGUUGUUAAGUUCCUGUCUUGCUACCAUUUUGCAUUUGAAA